UAAAACAACCAGGGCCUAAAUGUCCAGCACUAUAAACUUCAGCUAACUACAGAACAGUCACUUUUACAGUAUGAAUUUAUCGAUUUCUAGACCUUUUGAAUACUCAAUAAUUCUCGCACGCUUUAUCAGCCGCAUAGUUAUAGGGAAAUCUCAGUCCAGAGGUGAUUUAAUCAGCAUUCAAUUAAAAUUAGAAUGAAAUGAUUGUAGAAAAUGAUGUAAAAUUUAUUGAUAACUUCUAGUCUGGGAAUAGGGAUUACAGUUUAAAUGUAAAACCUUAAACUCAAUAGAUAGCAAAGCCUUAGUUUGAUAAGGAAUCCCCACAUCUAAUGAUAAGUGUUUACAAACAACAUCAAUAGGCUAAUUAAAAAAUAUAUAUACUUCAAGAUGACAAGUAAUGUCUCUUAUUUAUUUUUAGAAUCAUAGGGGAAAAUUAAAUACACAACAAUGAAAUCCAAAUCAUAAGAAGAAAGAAAACAUUAAGAUCUGAUGAUAAUAAUUUGGAUUUUGGUAUAAUAAUAUAAAUAAUUAUUUAGGUCUCACUUCUGCCGACCCUAGCAAUGAUUAUAUCCCUUGCAAAAUAUCAACAGAAUUUGGAUUCAGAUAUUCAAGUAGAAUCACUCCUUAGAUACUAGUGUUUCUUUCUCUUAAGUAGUUCAAUUCUAAAUUUGCUUAAAUGCCUUAAAAUGUUUUCAAACUUAUUCAUUAAUUUAUCAAGUAAAUGGCAUUUUUAUUUUUAGAGAAAAACCAAAGUUCUAUGUUCAGGAUUAUGGUACUUCUUUGAAAACUUUAGUGAGAAUUCAUAAAGAUGAUCCAAAAAUAAUGAAUGACAAUAAUCAAUACUUAAUUGGAGCUGAUUUUUACUUUCAUGUUGUUUAAUCAAGCGCUAAUCCAUAAAUUUAAGGUAAAAAGUAGUAAGAAACGGAUACAGAUUAUUUUUUUUAAACCCUUGUUCGAGAACACAUAAAAGAUAGAGCCAGAAUUCAUGGCUUAACUAAAGAAGAAUCAGAUACAUUUUAAAGUAAAUAAUUUUAAACUAUUUUAAGAAUGUUUAUAAAAUUACAUAUCAACGAAGAAACAGGGAAGAAAAUAAUAUCAUUUAACAAAUUGCAAUCGCCCUUUUCUUAAAAUCCAAUUUGACACCCCCAUUAUCAAAUAAAUGGCUAUUUUUAUUGCAAGACCUGGAACAUAAUAGAUAUUUAAAAUAGGAAGAUCUUAGGAUUGCGAUAUCAUUGUUAAUAUGAAUACAAUUUCCAGAAAGCAAACUUAAAUUAAGUUUAAUAGAAAUCAAUGGGAAAUCUGUGAUGGAGAAGGAACUAAGCAAUCUGCUAAUGGAACUUGGCAGUCAUUAUAAUAAUUUGAAAAUCCCUUAAAUCCAAUUUAAUAAAAAACACCUCAACCAUUAAAAAUAGAAGACAAAAUGGAAAUCAAAGUUAGCGAUAUUAUAUUUAGAUUUGAUAUGGCAAAAUUUGGUAUCACAAAAAGGUAUGUAGUAUAAUUAUAUCUUUAGAUUAAAAUUGAAUAAUCACUUAUAUAAAGAACUAACUAGAAUUGAUGAUUUUUGAGUUGAUUGAUU